AGAAAGCUAAGCAACGAUUGAUAAACAAGAUGGCGGAUAUUGACAGGUGCUUGCUUAAUUAGCUUAGUUUCUUUAACAUUUUAAGCUUGUUGGAUUUAGACAAGUCUGAAUAAUCUUCACCGUCAAUGAUUUGUUGAUUCAAAAAAGUGAAAGACAACAAAGAUGGAAAGCCUUCUCCAAACAGAACAGAAAACUUCCUCCGCCAUUAGGGAUACGUUCCUGGCAGUGGAUCCGUACAAGAAAAUGGCCUACUCUGAUAAAGUGUCUUUUGACAUGAACACCCGGUGCCUUAACGAAACCCCUUCAUCUGUGAUAGUUAAAAGUGAGGAUGAUUAUAAUCCCGAAGUCAGCAUUAAAAAGACCCCCAGCAAAGAGUGGGAGCUUGAUGUUCGUGCCCUCAUCUCUACACGGAAAUGGCUACAGAACUAUGGCCUACACAAGAACAAGCUUGCCUUACAACAGAUUCUGCCUGUGAUUGGUUUUAAAAUGAGUGAAGAUUAUGACUUGACACUAAAGAGACCAGUUUCAUCAAGAUAUGCUGAAGGAUUGUUCCAUCAACUCAUGAGACCUGAUGGCAAAAUGUUCAACGUGACAUGUGGAAGAGAUAAGCUACGUCAACUAGAGAACCGCCUUCAGCAAGCCAUACACCUGUAUAAACGUCGUCUUGAAUGGUUGACAUCGGAGAGUCGACGUCUGUUUGGCGUCAUUGAAGAGAGAGCUGUUACCGUUGUCCUUGACAUUCGAAAUAUGUCACCACAACAAUUUGAUAUGUAUAGAAUGGGACUAGAGCGUGUCUUGUAUGAACAGGUUACACAGAUCGCCAAGUUUAAUCUCAUAAGAGCAAAUGAUGAGAUCAGUAUGUACCAGGAUCACUGUGUUCCCGUCACUCAUGAUACUGUAGAGGGCGCUAUCAAAUGGUUAUGGAGUCUUGAUAGACUGGCUAGCGUGUCAAACACGGCCUGUGUUGAAGCAGUAUUGCGUGCUAUUGAAGAUAAACAGAAUGAGGCUAUAUAUUUGUACACAGAAGGUUCCUCAGUUGAUACAUGUAGACAGUUACUCAAAGAGAAGAUAUGUGCUGUAAAGGGUAAACCACCAAUUCAUGCUGUGUCAUAUAACUGUGAGAAUUCGGACACAGUCAGGUUCCUGAGAGAAUUUGCUGCUGCUACAGGGGGAAAGAGUCAUGUCUAUGCAAUUGUCAUGGAAAUGGAUUCUUAUGAGGGACUUCCUGUUGACCCAAAUACCAAUAAGGCUAAUAUUAUGUUAAAGAAGAAAACAUUUGGUGGUAUUCCGCCUGGUGCUGGUGUCCGGGAAGACAUUGUUCUACUAUUCCAGGAAAUGGAGGAUGCCAGGAACAAUCUCAUUCAAAUUCAAAAGCUCAUUGGAAUGACUCCAGAGCCAAACAUAGUUCUUGAUGUUAAAAGGAGAACUGCGAGUGGUCAUUUCGAGUCCGAACUUGCUCCUAGAGUAGAUCUGGAGAAAGUGAAUGAACAAUACAUGAGUUCACGUCAUUGGUUAGACAAGUAUGGUCUUGGAGCAAAGAAGUUGGAGCUCUUCGAUGCCCUGAGCGGAGUGGCAUUCCAUCAUCGUGAUGGUGUUGUUGAUCUACAGACACACCCACUUGAUGAAUAUCAGACAGAUGCUUUACGCUAUAAGAAACUGGUAAAUGCUAAAUACUGUGACAGAUUUCCAGUGGUACGAUGGAAAGACGGAAAAGUCGUACAUGUGCAAGUCACACCUGAACUCCAUCGUACAUACGAGCAGAAAAUGCUAGUGGCUUUACGUGCAAUUCAGAACAGAGUUGAUUGGUUGAACCAAGGCAGCCGAUCUUUGUUCGGAACACUUAUUGAAGAUCAGAUAUAUAUUGUGAUUGACACGUCAGAAUCUAUGGUGCCCAGUAUCCAGUAUGUGAAAGACAAACUCUUUCUUCUGAUGCAGGAACAACUCCGACAUAAAAUGAAGUUCAACCUUAUUGCCUUCAACUCUAAAGCUCAAGUUUGGCAGAACCGACUUGUUGACGUGACAGAGACGAGUCUCGAGGGGGCAUGGAGAUGGAUUCAGGGACUUUCUUGUUGGGGCUCAACUAACACAUACUCUGCCUUACAGCAUGCCCUCAGUGAUCCUGGCACACAAGCUAUAUACCUGCUCACAGAUGGAAGACCUGAUCAGCCACCAAAAUCAAUUAUUGCUCAAGUACAGAUGCAGCACAGUGUUCCCGUGCACACUAUAUCAUUUAAUUGUAAUGAUGCGGAGGCUAAUCACUUCCUGUAUGACCUAGCACGUGCUACAGGUGGUAGAUAUCAUUAUUUCUCCGAGAAAGGUGCCGAUCUUGAAGGUCAACCAGAAUCAUUUGAGAGUGAAGAUAUUCGACUGUUGAAAGAUGAAAUGAAGAAAGGGCUUGAGAAUCUUGACAGAGUUGCAGAACUUCGAGAUGAAUGUGCUAAACUGUCCUGGAAAAAAGAAAUUGAUGAAAUGAAAAAAUGUAGCAGGAAACACGCUAUGCCUGGAACUGAUCGGGUUUCGGCUGUUCCUGCAAUGGAUCCGCAAGAUCUUUACAGGUCACAUAGCCCGACUCCACCCCCAAGACCUAAUAGUGCCCCACCAGAUAGAGACCAUAUCCCUACCCCACCACCUCCAAGGGUCACAACCUCUGUUGAGACAAGGGAGUUUACUCUUGCUAAAAGGAGGCCAAGAAGUUCUCGACCAAGUAGUGCCAGGGGUCCAGUUGCAAAGCCUCUUGCAGCAGGUCACACAAGGACAAGUUUAUUGAGGACACUGAACAGUCAAGGAAAGUUCAAUUCUGAUGAAUGGCUUUUACCAGAGACCAGACAGCUGUUUGAAAAGCAGGCAACACGACAGAAAAAGCUUGCACAAGCCCCUUAUAAGGGUCUGCAGUCAGUAUCAGAUGAUGAAUAUGGUGAGAUCCUGUCAACAAUUACAACUUGUCUCUCCUGUAUCCUAGAUGAUGUUUUCUUUUCACUUUGUUAUCUUUUUUCUAUGUUGAAUCUUAUUUUUUUAAACAUUUUCCCUCCAUUUUCAAUACUGUAUGUUAGAGAAGCAUGGAUUAGCACCCCACUUUGUAUACAGAGAAUACGCAGUAUGUCAAGCAAGCAGUGGUUACAGAGGAAUGGUCUUGUUGCUAGGAAACUAACGUUACUGGAUGCCCUGGCACCCACCAUGAUACCACAUAGAUCUAAAUAUGUUCCUAUAUUAGAUAAACAUGUACUGGCUAAAGUUUUUGAUGAGGUGUUACCAAUAGCACAUGUGUCUAACAAGUCUCGAAAACCAAUAAAACUGAUCAAUCCAAAUGGUGUAAAUUUGAAGGCAUAUGAGGAGAAACUAGAGAGAGUUUUGGGACUAUUUAACAGGCGACUGGAUGCACUGGUAUGGGACGCCAUUCCAAGAGAUAUAAGGGAUGAAGAGUUUGGUGACAUUGAAGGCCCUGUUUCUUUCAUAAACAACCGCAGCUGGUUUAUGAAAGCUCUACAGCAGGCAAAUUGGCCCUGUAGUGAGCAUGAUAUAAUUCUACUUGAGGAAGAAAUAGCUCGCGGAGAAAAAUACCUCCAACAGUCCAAAGAUUUACGCAAGGCUGCUGCUGGCGGGGAUGACGAUGAUGACCUCACUGUGUACGAUGAUAAAGCCAGUGAUGUAUCGGGUCUCUCGGGAAGGUCGAAAGAACUUUCAAGGUCAAAAGAAUCGGUUUCUUCAUCAUCGUCAAGUGCGUCAGAUAAAUCGGCAAGAUCAAAAGAUUCUCAUAGUACCCACAAUUCAGAAAAAAGUAAAUCGUCACAACAUAAAGUGGGAAGUCUUGAGGUAAUACCUCACUAUUGAAAGUACUGGCAUUAAAAACAUUGUAUUGUUUCACAGUCAACUGGUUCAAACCUUACCUGCAUGAGAAGCAUGGCAUGAAUGAUUCAUGUAUAUAUUAAAUUUCUAGUUCACUUUUUAUGAUGGCAUGUCAUGAAUAUGUGGUCAUCUGUAAUAUCUUUUUUCUGAAAAAAAAAACACUUUAGAAUGAUUAUCACAAUGAAAAACCUUUUGAAAAAGUGGAAUCAAACAAUUUUUAAGGUUUAAAUGAAAAUUUAUUUAAUGUUUUAUGAAAUUAUGGUAAUUUUUUUUUUAAUGUUUUAUGAAAUUAUGGUAAAAAUUAUUUUUAUAAAGUUGAUUUAUUUAUUUCUUUAAAUAGCUCAAUAUGUGGUGGCUUUAUGACUAAUUUUUUUUUAAAAAGUCUGUUUUUAUUACUUCUAUUACUAAAUUUCUUUUACUGGAAGCUUUAAAGUAUAUUGACUUAAUUAGAAUAUUUAAUUCUUGUUAAAGCAUGAAGAGUGUUCAUGUCUAUGUGUUUAAUUUUUUUUAUAUAUAAUUGUAUAAUGUAUAGAUUUAGGCCAAAGUCAUUGUGUUUCUUUAUGUAGAUAUAAAUAUUUGUUUCUAUAUAUACAUUGUGUGAUAGAUAUAUAAUUUGUUAUGUUUGUUUAUAUAAAAUAUCUGUGAUAUGUUUUAAUUUCGAAGGACCAAAUUUUAAAGGGAAAAUCUCUGGCUUAGAGUUUAGAUAUUCAAUGUUCUAUGAGCUGUUUUAAGAAUGCAUUUUAUUGGUCAGAUUCAAAUUUGAAAUGAACCAAUAAGAAACCUUGUACUUUGAUAGGCUUAGCCUAGCCUUACAGCUUAUUGGUCAGAUUCAAAUUCCAUAUUUGAAAUCAACUAAUUAGAUGCUUGAAUUUAAGACUUGAAUUAGAUUUUGUUUGUGUACUUAUUCUUUGUUUUACAAAAUUGUUUCUGGUAAAAUGAGAAACUUUAUUGACAAAGAAGAUUGACAUAUUGGUAGGAUUCCUAAAUAUAGUUGAUUAAUUUAAUAAAACUUCAUGUGUAUUCUCAAUUUCUGUUUUUGUUUUGGGAAAUUGGGGUCAUUUACAAUGAAGUAAGAAAACUUGUG